AUGACUGCUCUGGACAAGAAAUUCAGUGGUGAUCUGGAAAAGACUGUUUUCGCUCUCAUGGAGACACCACUUGAAUACGAUCUCAAGCAGCUCAAACAGGCCAUGAAGGGCCUUGGCACUGAUGAGGCGGUGUUGAUCGAAAUUCUCUGCUCUCGAACAACUGAGCAGAUUAGUGCUAUUCGUGUGGCGUACGAGAGGGAAUUCAAGAAGCCGUUGGAGCAGGAG